CCAAAGGGCAGCCGUGGUGCAGCUGGCGAGGGAGGGAGCGGGGGGACGGUGGUCCCUGCAGUCCCCUCAGGUGAUGGCUGAUCUUCAAAGUCCCCUUUCAAGCGGCCACCAGUCCCCUCAGUCUCCUCAGGGCCUCAAACCCUCAGCUCAGGUGCCUGCUGGUGCCCGAAGUCCCCUCAGGUGACCAGCAGUCCCCACAGGACCUCCUCGAUGACCGUUCCUCUUCGCAUUACCCUCUGCUGACCGCUGCUCCCCACAGUCCCCUCAGUGCUUGGCUCAGGGGAUUGGGGACCCUUGGCGCAAGGCCAAGCUUUGCCUCCCUCAUUGUCUUGGGGUGCAACGGCAGCCCUAGGAAAACCCACCCAGACCUGGCAGCCCUGGGUGUCCCAGCCCAGCUCUUGACACCUUAGACCCCACCCUGAAACCUCAAUGCCAGCUCCAUUGGCUGUCAGGGCACCCAGUGCCACCCAGUGCCACCACUGAUGUCAGAGUCACCCUGGGGAGAAGUGAGCAGCCCACACAGCUCCAUCUUCCAACUGCUGUGUUUGCCUGUGGCCUUGCUGUGGAUACCAUGCAGCCCCAUUGCCUUCUCCUCUUCCCCAUCCUCCUCUUCCCUGGGACGUGGGCAGAGCCGGAGGGUAAGUACCCCUCUCCAGCAGGCUCUCACAUGCUCCAGCUGCGCCAUUUCGUCACCUUCCAAAAUGCCACGUCCAUGCAAGUGGGGGGGCUUGGCCUCGUGGGGGACAUCAACAUCGGUUCCCUGGACAGACGCACUGGGGACAUCCAUUACCACCAGCCCUGGCUGCAUCCAGCCCUGCCUAAAGGUGACUGGGAUGUCAUUGAGAGCUCCAUCAAGUCAUACCUGCGGGAUUUCAACAGCCUGGUGCAGACACUCAUCAGGCACACCAGGGUGUCCUACCCUUUCGUCUUCCAGUCCUCCAUAAGCUGCAAGCUCCAGCCCAACAGGACUACCAGGACCUUCCUUGGCAUUGCCUACGAGGGCCAGGACUUGAUCCGGUUCCACCUGAACAAGGGAACUUGGGAUCAGGUGCCAGAUAAUGAGAUGUCAGCAACCGCUGAGCAUUUGUUGAACAAUGCCACCACCCUCAAUGAGCUGAUACAAGUGCUCCUCAAUGUCACCUGUGUUGACAUUUUGGAAAGGUUCAUUGAGUACGGGAAGGCAGAUCUGGAGAGGCAAGAGCCGCCCACUGCCACUGUCUUUGCCCGCACGGCUGGCCCAGCCCAGCUCCUGCUGGUUUGCCGCAUCACCGGCUUCUACCCGCGGCCCAUCAGCGUGGCCUGGCUGCGGGAUGGCCGUGAGGUGCCGCCGGGCCCGGACCUGAACACCAGCACUGUCCUGCCCAAUGCCGACCUCACCUACCAGAUCUACAGCGUCCUGACCGUGGCCCCCCGUGAUGGGCACAGCUACGCCUGCCGCGUUCGCCACCGCAGCCUGGGCACCCACAGCCUCCUCAUCCCCUGGGGGAAAUCAAAUGCUGGGCUGAUCGCAGGGCUUGCGGUUGCUCUGCUGGCAGCUGUGGUUGUGAUUGGUGCACUUUGGGUGCGGAGAUACAGGAAGUUCCAUUAAAUGGAAGAAUGGAUCCCAGCAGCUUUCUCCUGAGCACGGCAGCCCUGUCUGCUUCAAAGCCCCACCUUGAGGCACAACCUCCGCCUCCCUCUGCUGUGACGAAGCUCCAGGCACCACCAGGAGCAAGAUCGUCUCAGCACGGAGGCACAGCAGGGAAAUAUGUGGUACUCAAGCUGUGCUGUUAUUUGCAUAAUGGACGAGGAUGCAAGUCUGAGACCUCCUCACUUGUUACACAUAAUCACUUUGUACCUCAUGGCACUACCUGUGCACCUGCUGAGGCUCCUUCAGGCACGCCAGUUCCCCAUAGCAAUUUCUUCCAGGUCCGGUAUGAUAACGGUACUGUCAGCAGGCAGUACGCUGCACCCCUUCCACUGUCACUUUCUAGAUAUUUCUCUUAAAAGCUGCUUUUACUAACCAUAUUCCAGAAAUAGCUGUGCUUAACCUGACCUGUUACACACAGGGUAAGUGCACACAAGUUGUGUUUAUGGCACCAAGUAGCACUGCACUCUGAGGUGAUCUGAGGGAGCUGCGGGCAUGGAUAAAACGACAAUGAACCACGGAUGUUUUUGCCAAGAACACAUGCCUUUUAUAAAGGUUUCUGUGGGCUUGGGGAGGGUUUAGCCAGCUUGAGCAUAGCACUGCAGAAAUUAUCAGGGCUAAUUUCAGGGCUUCAGGCUAGUUAACAGAAGCAGUAGAGAAAGGGAGCCGAGCUCUGAAGGGCAUCGCCACCCGCCAGCCCCACGGGGCCAAGGAUCCCGCGGCUGGGGGGUGCUGUGCCCCAGGCUGGGCUCCUCGUGGGGCCGGGAGGCUGCAGCAUGGGGCAUGCAGGGCCCCGACUGCUGAGAGACCCGGCAGGAAGGGGUGCCCGGAGGAAGAGGGGGGACUGCAGCCCCUGAGGGGACCACGGGACCCAGCG